CUAGUCCUCUCAUUGUAAGGUAGUAUCAGUAUGUUAGUAUUCAGCAGGGCUAUUGUCUAAUUUUGACACAUUAAGUGAUCAACAAAGUUUUGAUGAUCACUGAAAUUUGAUGUCCACUAAAAAUUUAAAGAUUUGAUUUGAUUCUGAUUAUUUAUGAUUUACGAGGAUUAUCAAAUGUAAUGUCAGAUGUGCCAUGUGACAAAGGCCAAAGCCCAAAGCAGAAAUGUCGAUUGUCGACGUCAAAGAGUAGUAGAGUUCAUACGAUUUAAAAAUUAAAUUUUAAUUUUAAUUCAUUUAAAAACUGAAACAUAUUCGGAAAGGGAUAGUUUUGUAUGGUAAAAUAGUUUAAAAGUAUAUAAAAAUAUGUGGGGUGAUUCUUUGUUGAUAGUUUUUAUUUCCAUUUGUACCGCCUUAUUAAGUGAAGGAUUGACUUGGAUUUUAGUAUAUGGUACAGAAAAGUACCAGAAACUGAAAGUUGAAGUGGAACGUCAAAGUAAAAAAUUGGAGCGACGCAAAGAGGCUCAUGGAGAUUCUUUAGAUAAGCAACAUAAGAAAAAGAUUGAACGUGAGGAAGAAAGGCUUAAGAAUAAUAAUAGGGAUCUUAGCUUGGUCAAGAUGAAGUCUAUGUUUGCCAUUGGUUUUGCUUUUACAGCAUUACUAAGCAUGUUCAAUAGCAUAUUUGAUGGAAGAGUUGUUGCAAAACUACCUUUUUAUCCCAUUUCAUGGAUUCAAGGUUUAAGCCACAGAAAUUUACCCGGUGAUGAUUAUACUGACUGCUCAUUCAUAUUUUUGUAUAUUUUAUGUACAAUGAGUAUUAGGCAAAAUAUUCAAAAACUUUUAGGAUUUGCACCAUCACGAGCUGCUUCCAAACAAGGAGGAGCAUUAUUUGCAGCCCCACCUGGACAAUUUAAAUGAAUUCAGUGUGCAAAUAGUGAUCAGCGAUUGUUACAAUGUUAGCAAUAGAUUAAAAACACCAUAAACAAGCAAAAUAAUUUUUUAUAUACAGUGAAGUGGCAUUUUUUCACAAUUUGGUAAUAUUUGUAUACAUAUUUAUUUUGUAGAUUGAUAUUUUUAUUUGUAGGUACACAUUAAUAAGUUCUUAAGUCUUUGUUUUGUAAUAUUAAGUAAAUGUUGCAUAGUUGUCCUUCAUGUUGCACUGAUAGCAUUAUACACCAGCUGUAAGUUA